AUGGAAUGCUCUCGUGCACGCUCUCCUGAAGAAGAAAAUGAAUUAGUCCGAAGCACAAAGAAGGUUAAGGAUUCACACAAUGGCACUACUGAAGACAGCCUUGGUCAGCGUGAAGGACCUUUCCACGCUAAUAAGAUCUCAUUUAAGGACAAACUUGUGGGAGAAAUACUGGGGGCCUAUUCCCAAUCUCUUGCUUUCUCGGAUCAAACGAAGGCAGAAUCUGAGUUGGAUGAAGAGACUGAGGACAUUAGGGAAGGUCUUGCUGUGAUUAGUCUCACAAAAGAGACCAAACAGCGCAUUCAAGCUCCAUGGGCAAAAGCACUUAUUGUGAAAGUUUUUGGAAAGACAGCGGGAUAUAAUUUCUUACAUGAGAAGCUUUUGAGUCUUUGGAAACCAUCGGGGAGGUUUGACAUGGUGGACCUGGGUAAAGACUUUUAUUUGCUAAGAUUUGUGGUCAGGGACGAUCUAGAGAUGGUGCUUAUGAAAGGACCUUGGUUUAUCGGUGAGCACUUUCUAUCUAUUCGUCGUUGGGAAGUGAAUUUCAAACUGUCAGAAGUUCAGGUAUCCUCGAUGGUAGUAUGGGUAAGACUAAAUGAAUUGUCCAUCGAGUAUUAUGAUGGGGAGGUCCUCCGGCAUAUUGGUAAAGCUUUGGGAAAGGUUCUCAGGGUGGACAUGCACACUGCGACAGAAGCAAGGGGUCGAUAUGCACGCUUGUGUGUUUAA